CGCCGGCUCGGGCUGGGGAGGAGUGUGGGGGUCCGGUCGCGGAACGGCGCCAGGCCGCCGAGAGAGAACCUGCAGGGAGCGGGUGAGCGAAGCCACUGUGGCCGCCGCGCACCCGUCGGGAAGCGCUUCGGCGCUGCGACCCCGGCUUCCUCGGGCGGCGCAAUAAAAGAGAGGUGGAAAACUACCCCGGGCUCUCCCGCCCUCCUCGCGCGCUCUGCCGGCGAGUUCCCUUGCUCUCGCUUCGGGGGCCGAUGGAGGCCGAUAACGGCCCCGCGCCAAGCCCUCCCCGGGCGGUCCUCCCGCCCCCACCCCCGCCCGGGGCUCGCCCUCUCAAUGGGGACAGAACCGCCGGCCGCGGGCACCGACGCCACCGGCAAACCGGGAAGCGGUCGGGGCGGGGGAGGAGGGCGGGGACGUUUUAAUGGUCGCGCAGGCCCCGCCCCGCGGUGGCGCCUCGCUUAUAAGGCCAGGCGCGCAUCUCAGCGCAGCAGACGCCUAGCAGGUCUCCGGGCGCUAACGUCCUUUGAUUUCCCCGCGGUGGUGAUGACGGUGAAAACCGAGGCUGCUAAGGGCACCCUCACUUACUCCAGGAUGAGGGGCAUGGUGGCAAUUCUCAUCGCUUUCAUGAAGCAGAGGAGGAUGGGCUUGAACGACUUUAUUCAGAAGAUUGCCAAUAACUCCUAUGCAUGCAAACACCCUGAAGUUCAGUCCAUCUUGAAAAUCUCCCAACCUCAGGAGCCUGAGCUUAUGAAUGCCAACCCUUCUCCUCCACCAAGUCCUUCUCAGCAAAUCAACCUUGGUCCUUCGUCCAAUCCUCAUGCUAAACCAUCUGAUUUCCACUUCCUGAAAGUGAUUGGCAAGGGCAGUUUUGGAAAGGUUCUUCUAGCAAGACACAAGGCAGAAGAAGUGUUCUAUGCUGUCAAAGUUUUACAGAAGAAAGCAAUCCUGAAAAAGAAAGAGGAGAAGCAUAUUAUGUCAGAACGGAAUGUUCUGUUGAAGAACGUGAAACACCCUUUCCUGGUGGGCCUUCACUUCUCUUUCCAGACUGCUGACAAAUUGUACUUUGUCCUGGACUACAUUAAUGGUGGAGAGUUGUUCUACCAUCUCCAGCGGGAACGCUGCUUCCUGGAACCACGGGCUCGUUUCUAUGCUGCUGAAAUAGCCAGUGCCUUGGGCUACCUGCACUCACUGAACAUCGUUUAUAGAGACUUAAAACCAGAGAAUAUUUUGCUAGAUUCACAGGGACACAUUGUCCUUACUGACUUUGGACUCUGCAAGGAGAACAUUGAACACAACAGCACGACUUCUACCUUCUGUGGCACGCCGGAGUAUCUCGCACCUGAGGUGCUUCAUAAGCAGCCUUAUGACAGGACCGUGGACUGGUGGUGUCUGGGAGCCGUCUUGUAUGAGAUGCUUUAUGGCCUGCCUCCUUUUUAUAGCCGAAACACAGCUGAGAUGUACGACAACAUUCUGAACAAACCCCUCCAGUUGAAACCAAAUAUUACAAAUUCCGCAAGGCACCUCCUGGAGAGCCUCCUGCAGAAGGACAGGACUAAGCGGCUCGGGGCCAAGGAUGACUUUAUGGAGAUUAAGAGUCAUGUCUUCUUCUCCCUAAUUAACUGGGAUGAUCUCAUUAAUAAGAAGAUUACACCCCCUUUUAACCCAAAUGUGAGCGGACCCAACGACCUGCGGCACUUUGACCCUGAGUUUACCGAAGAGCCUGUCCCCAACUCCAUUGGCAAGUCCCCCGACAGCAUCCUCGUCACAGCCAGCGUCAAGGAAGCUGCCGAGGCUUUCCUAGGCUUUUCCUACGCGCCUCCCACAGACUCCUUCCUCUGAACAUGGUUAGGGUUUGGUUCUAAAGGAUUUGAUGUGUGUUUCUGAAUGUUUUAGUUAGCCUUUUGGUGGAGCCGCCAGCCAACAGGACAUCUUCUUACAAGAGAAUUUGCACAUCUCUGGAAGCUUAGCAAUCUUAUUGCACACUGUUUGCUGGAAGCUUUUCGAAGAGCACAUCCUCCUCAGUGAGCUCAUGAGGUUUUCAUUUUUAUUCUUCCUUCCAACGUGGUGCUAUCUCUGAAACGAGCAUUAGAGUGCCGCCUUAGGCAGACAGAUGCAGGAGUUUUGUUAGAAAGAAGGCGGACGCUGUUCUCGGAACGGUCUCCUGCAGGUCUCUCUGGGCUGUGAUGAUGAAUCUUAUGAAAUGUGCCUUUUCCGAAGAGAUUGUGUUAGCUCCAAAGCUUUUCCUAUCGCAGUGUUUCAGUUCUUUAUUUUUUCCUUGUGGACAUGCUGUGUGAACAGUCAUGUGAGUGUGGUAUGCCUGAUCGCAGAUGGAUUGUGUUAUAAGCAUCAAUGUGACACUUGCAGGACACGACAACGUGGGACAUUGUUUGUUUCUUCCAUAUUUGGAAGAUAAAUUUAUGUGUAGACUUCUUUUGUAAGAUAUGGUUAAUAACUAAAAUUUAUUGAAAUGGUCUUGCAAUGACUUGUAUUCAGAUGCUUAAAGAAAGCAUUGCUGCUACAAAUAUUUCUAUUUUUAGAAAGGGUUUUUAUGGACCAAUGCCCCAGUUGUCAGUCAGAGCCGUUGGUGUAUUUCAUUGUUUAAAAUGUCACCUGUAAAAUGGGCAUUAUUUAUGUUUUGUUUUGUUUUUUUUUUGGCAUUCCUGGUGAUUGUAUGUAUUGUAUAAAGACAGUCUGUACAUUGGGUUAUAACACUAGUAUAUUUAAACUUACAGGCUUAUUUGUAAUGUAAACCACCAUUUUAAUGUACUGUAAUUAACAUGGUUAUAUAAUAUGUACAAUCCUUUCUCCUAUCACACAACUUUUUUGUGUGUGAUAAACCGAUUUUGGUUUGCAAUAAAACCUUGAAAACUAUUUACA